CCCUCUCCCUCCCUUCCAACGUUGUCCCCUUAUAAAAACAGGCCCUUCCCCUCUCCCUCCCCUCCCUUCCCUCCUUCUUUCCCUUGCUCCAUAGUUCCUUCUUUCUCUCUCUCUCUCUCUCUCUCUUUUGCCGUGAUCUCAGAAAAAAAAUGGCUUCUUCUUCUUCAGUGGAGGAUCACGCCCUCCUCCUCGGCCUAACCCUUUCCACCACUCACCACAACAACCGCACCAUCACCCCCGCCGCCAAGCCCAACAACUCCGGCGCCCACAGUACUUUCGAGCCUUCUCUCAGCCUCACCCUCCUCUCCGGCAACGGUGAUAGCAUUGACCAGGUCUCGGCCGCGGCGGCGGCGGCGAAGAACAGCCGCCAGGAGGCGUCGCCGCCCAACAGCGCGGUGUCGUCUUUCUCGGCGGCCAGCGGCGGCGGCGGCGGCAGGAUGGUGAUGAAGAGGGAACGGGACGUCCUCAGCUCCACCGAUGAGAUGGAGACCGCGGAGAGGGUGGUCUCGUCCAGGGCCAGCGACGAGGACGACGACGACGGCGGCGGCUCCACCGCCGCCCGGAAAAAGCUCCGCCUCACUAAAGACCAGUCCGCCCUGCUGGAAGAAAGCUUCAAGCAUCACUCCACUCUUAACCCUUUUUCGCAGAAGCAAAAGCAAGCUCUGGCCAGGCAGUUAAAUCUACGGGCGAGGCAGGUUGAAGUUUGGUUCCAGAACAGGAGAGCCAGGACGAAACUGAAGCAGACGGAGGUGGAUUGUGAGUUGUUGAAGAAGUGCUGCGAGACGCUGACCGACGAGAACAGGAGGCUGCACAAGGAGCUUCAGGAGCUCAAGGCGCUCAAAUCGUCACCACCGCAGCCGGCGGCGGCGGCGCCGCCCCAGUUUUACAUGCGCGUGCCGGCGGCCACUCUAUCGCUGUGCCCAUCCUGUGAAAGGAUCGGCGGCGGCCCCGCUGUUGCCGCCGCCGCAGCUCCCGCCGCCGGUGGCGCUGAUCACCAUCGCGGUGGUUCGAGUAGUAGUAGUAGUAGCGCCUUCUCGAUGGCUCAAAAGCCCCAAUUCUUUAAUCCGUUCACGAACCCAUCUGCAGCGUGCUGAUUGGUCGGGGGAAGAAAAUGACGACAACAUCAGCAAAAAAAAAAUGCGAAAACAAAAAAAAAAUGUUGUCUAGAUAUAGGUAAGAAAUUAUGAAAAAGGAUAGAAGUAUAGAUGAUUAUAUAUAAUGGAAAAAAAUUUAAAGGAGAAGUACACUUUAAUUACCCCCACAAUCCCUCUGUUUUUGGUGAGGGGCAGCUGGUACAAGUGGUGAAAAAACGACUAAUUACUGUAAUUAACUUUUUAGUUAUUUCUUACUAGAAGAAGAAGAAGAAUGGUAGAAGUUAUUGCUUUCUUUAUUUUACACCUUAGUUACUCCUGCUUUCUGUACUUGCAAGUUUGUGCAUAUAUAUUUUGAGAAGAAAAGGGAUCUACAUAAAUGGAUGAUGAUCAUAGUUUUAUUGGUUGAGUUUUGUAUCAUUCACCAUCCCUUUCGUUUUCA